AUGGAUCAAGGCCUUUCAACAGGGGCCCAUCAGUUUUCUGAUGGGCUACGAGAGAGAACUGGACGCGCUGAUUCAACAGUCAGUCGCGAGGCUUUAACAGCCACCGGGGAAGUCGAGGUUAAAGACAAAGAUGGCAAUGCACUGAAGACCUUUGGGAGAACUCCUGAUGGCACAGUGUUUACGGUGCCACAAACCCAUGACAUGGUCUCUCAGCUGCUUUCACCCUCCGAGCCCAAGAACUUCGGUGAUCUAGUGGUCCUGGUGCUUCUGGCAGGCCAUAUCUUGUUCCUCUGGGCACUCCCCGCAGGCGCGAAAAUCCCGGUCUUUGCAGUCACCUACCUUUUCUGGCGUCUCGCCUACAAUGGAGGCAUCGGGUGGCUGCUCCACCACCAGUCGCACCACAAGACACUGCUUCGAUGGGCGGAGAAGACCAAGGUCUUUGUCAACCCGGCUACUGGCGAAAAUCCUCACCCCAAAUUGUAUGCUUGGAUCAAGCGAGAACUGGAGACCAAAAUCCCCCAGGAUUAUUCAUUCGACGAUGCCCCAAUUGAAUACAAUACCUGGCUUGUCUUUAGGCGUCUCGUUGACUUGAUUCUCAUGUGUGACUUCACUUCCUAUUGCCUCUUCGCAAUCGCUUGUGGUCACCAACCCGUGGAUGAGAGUAUCUUCAUGACCAUCUUGCGUUGGUCUGCAGGUAUUGUUUUAGUGCUGUUCAACCUGUGGGUCAAAUUAGACGCCCAUCGAGUGGUUAAGGACUAUGCUUGGUAUUGGGGAGAUUUCUUUUACCUCAUUGACCAGGAACUGACCUUCGAUGGUGUGUUCGAAAUGGCACCACACCCUAUGUACUCGGUGGGAUAUGCCGGCUACUACGGAAUCUCUCUGAUGGCAGCCAGCUAUAAGGUUCUCUUUAUCUCGAUCAUUGCCCAUGCAGCACAAUUCGCCUUCCUCGUCCUCGUGGAGAAUCCGCACAUCGACAAAACCUACAACCCGCCACCACCCCGAAAGCGCUCUACCUGUGCGGAUUCUACCGCCAACUUGCUCAGCGAUCUAGACACUCCAAACGCGCCAACCCCGUCUGAAGAUCUAUCCCCCAACGCGACACCCUCGUAUUCAGCUAAGCCACCCCAGGCGGUUCACAACCUCUUAGGGCUCCACAACCUGGACUUGCAUAGAACCACGGAUUCCUCGAUCAUGCUUGUUCAACUUCUUGUAUUCUCAAUCACGACUCUGACACCAUCGACUCCAUUUUAUCAGUUCCUCUUUGCCGCUCUCGCCGUGGCAUCCCGCAUUUGGUAUUCCGUAGGCAUUGGGUAUCUGCUUCGGAACCAAUCUAACUCCAAAUCCUGGACCCGGCAUUUUGUCAAGUAUGGUGACACACCGUACGAGGCCUGGAACCAAUGGAAGGGCACUUAUCACUUGAGUAUGGUUUUGUGCUCUUCCACUUUCAUCGCUGCCGCGUGGAAAAUGUACACAUUCCCCGCCGACUGGGGCUACGGACUUGUCCUGUUCCGACACAUCUUGGGUGCUGGCUUGAUCAGUUUGCAGAUUUGGACCUCCGUCAGCAUCUACGAGUCCCUGGGCGAAUUCGGCUGGUUCUACGGUGAUUUCUUCUUCGAUGAUUCCCCGAAGCUCACUUACAACGGAAUCUAUCGUUUCCUCAACAACCCCGAACGCGUUCUUGGUCUUGCAGGCGUGUGGGGCGCUGUUCUAAUCACAAGCAGUGCCGUCGUCACCUUCCUCGCUUUGCUGAGCCAUAUCCUGAGUCUGGCUUUCAUUCAAUUUGUUGAACGCCCGCACAUGCAGAAGCUGUACGGUCGCAGCCUCCGUCAGGAUGCCGGUCUUGUCAAGAGCUUGAAGCGAUCUCUGCCACCCUCCCUCCAGCAACUGCACGGCAGUGUUGACAAGAUGUUCGACGGCUCAUUCGACUUCAUCGAAGAGAUGCUAGAGAAUGCACGACCAAAGCUCGCGGCCGGAGUUAAUACCUUCGUGAAAGAUACCACUGCACUUUUCCAGAAAUACCCUGCUCGCGUGACCAUCACACGAAUCGAUGCUGAUUUGGCCGGAUUCGACCUCAGCGAUUACUCUCUCUCGCUUGAAGGCACCGACGGAAUCUCCUCCGAGGAAAACCAAAAAACCAAGGGCCGAGAAGGCGCCAACGCGCGCAUGCCCUUGGACCGACGAGGUGACCUCAAGGACCUGACAUUCGAAUACGGCUCUCCCAUCAAGGUCAAGUGGAGUGCCCCUAUCAACCACAGCAAAAAAGAUUGGAUCGGUCUCUACCGAGUUACAGACAACACUUCACGCGAGGUCACUCGGGUAUCAUCGCAAGGCCGCUGGGUCGCCACAAACAGGGGAUCUUACGACAACUCGACCUGUGAGAAUGGCAUUCUCAGCAGUGAUGUGGUCAUUCCCUCCUCACAGCGCAAGGAUAACGAAGACCGCGAGUUUGCAUCUGGCGAAAUCCUUCUUUCGGGUGAUAAGCUCUUCUGGACACAAGGUGUUUUCGAACUUCGCUAUCACCACAAUGGCAUGCACAAUGUAAUGGCCAUCUCAAGACCUUUUGAAAUCUGCAUCCGUCGCUUCGACGCAGAUGACACCCUUGCCACUGGUGGUUCGUUGGCCGAGUUCGCUGUCGAGAACGCCUUGCUGCCCGUCGUCCGCAAUUGCUUUGACCUGGAUCCUGAAAUUGCUCCAGAGACUGCAGAAGAGCAAUUUGGCAGUCUGGUGGAACGAGAUGGCAAGUUCGCUAACCGGGUUGUGUUCGCUGUUCAUCAAAUGUUUGGUAUCGAGUUGGCUGCUGAGGUCGUCAAGGCCGAUGGCAACGUUCGCAACCUUGCAUGGAGGAUUUGCAACGCUAAGAAAGUUCUCGCCCCUUACAGCAUGUCGCGAUCUAAUGGGACGACAACGCCUCUUGACGAUAGGAAGGAUUGA